GGCGGCGGCGCGGCUGGAAGGGCCGGGGCGGUUCUAGAAGCGCGGCGAGAGGGGCUGCUGCUGCUGCCGGGUGCUUUGUGAAGGCAAAGCUGAGCUAAAAGGCUACGACAGCCAUCUUCACCGGGGUGAUACUUCAGCUUUCUGGCAUUUAGGACCUAGGAAAUAAUCCCACAGAUUUGAGCUAUCUGGGAAGAUGAAGCCCUUGCUGCAGUUGAUGUUCUUCACCUGUAUUUUCUUGAUCAGACACGCAGAAGCGGAGUUCUUCACCUCCAUAGGUCAAAUGACAGACCUGAUUUAUGCGGAGAAAGACUUGGUACAGUCUUUAAAGGAAUAUAUCCGAGCUGAAGAGAACAAGCUCUCUCAGAUUAAAAGCUGGGCUGAAAAAAUGGAUGUACUGACGAGCAAAUCCACCUCUGAUCCAGAGGGGUACCUGGCACAUCCUGUCAAUGCGUAUAAGCUGGUGAAGCGUUUAAAUACUGACUGGCUGGAAUUGGAAAACCUGGUUCUUCAGGAUACAACAAAUGGCUUUAUUGCAAAUCUGACAAUUCAACGUCAGUUUUUCCCAACUGAAGAAGAUGAGACAGGAGCUGCGAAGGCUCUGAUGCGCCUGCAGGACACGUACAAACUGGAUCCUGAAACUCUCUCUCGAGGAAACUUACCAGGAACAAAAUACAGAUCCUCUUUGACAGUAGGCGACUGCUUUGGUAUGGGGAAGACCGCUUACAACGAUGGAGACUACUAUCACACAGUACUCUGGAUGGAACAAGCCUUAAAACAACAUGAUGAGGGGGAGGAUACAACAGUCAGCAAAGUGGAGAUCCUAGACUAUCUCAGCUAUGCUGUUUUCCAGUUUGGGGACUUACACAGAGCCAUGGAGCUGACCAGGCGUCUGAUAUCCCUUGACAGCACUCAUGAGAGAGCAGGCAGCAAUCUGCGGUACUUUGAGAAGUUGCUGGAGAAGGAGAGAGAGGAGAAGGAGAAAGAGAGCUCAGUGAACAAGAGCAUGAGGACGACAGAACCAGUGGUGCAAAGCGGUGCCUACGAGAGGCCUCUUGACUACUUGCCCGAGCGUGACAUCUAUGAGGCCCUUUGCAGAGGUGAAGGGGUAAAAAUGACACCUCGAAGACAGAAAAGGCUGUUUUGUAGGUACCAUGAUGGAAACAGAAACCCUCACCUGCUCAUAGCUCCCUUUAAGGAAGAAGAUGAAUGGGAUAGCCCUCAUAUUGUACGAUACUAUGAUGUCAUGUCUGAUGAAGAAAUUGAGAAGAUUAAACAACUAGCUAAGCCAAGGCUGGCACGAGCCACAGUACGAGAUCCCAAAACCGGUGUCCUUACAGUUGCCAGCUACAGGGUAUCAAAAAGCUCAUGGUUGGAGGAAGAUGAUGAUCCUGUUGUGGCGAAGGUGAAUCAACGAAUGCAGCAGAUCACGGGGUUAACAGUGAAAACAGCCGAACUGUUGCAGGUUGCCAACUAUGGGAUGGGAGGACAGUAUGAGCCACACUUUGAUUUUUCUAGGCGACCCUUUGACAGCACACUCAAAUCGGAAGGAAAUAGGCUAGCGACGUUUCUUAACUAUAUGAGUGAUGUAGAAGCUGGAGGAGCUACAGUUUUCCCCGAUUUUGGGGCAGCAAUAUGGCCCAAGAAGGGAACAGCAGUGUUUUGGUACAACCUCUUCAGAAGUGGCGAGGGUGAUUAUAGAACGAGGCACGCAGCUUGCCCAGUACUAGUAGGGUGUAAAUGGGUUUCAAACAAAUGGUUUCAUGAAAGAGGAAACGAGUUCUUAAGACCUUGUGGGAGAACAGAGGUUGACUGAAACCCGACCUGCAAGCUUUUGCUUCUCUGUCUCCUUUUCUACAGAUGGUUCUUCCUGUUCAUUUCUAAGAAAUGAUCCAUCUUUCUCUCCAAGAGUCCUGGCACUUUACCCAAAAAAAGGAUGACAAAAUAUGUAACACCUGUAAAAGAAAGUAAAUGGCAUUAUACACAUAUUUGUGUUUCAGUUGAUGUUAUUUCCAUGUCCCCCCCACCCCACCAUCAUCAUUUCACCUGCCUCCCCCCCUCCCAGCUUUCUCUGUACUGGUGGUGCAAACAGUGCUGUGGGCGAUUCGGUGUGUUUGGGUGCCUGGUCUUGUGCCUUUCGUACCUCAGAAGAUUUAGAUGUUAAAUAUUUCUUUGAACCAAAGGAAUUUUUUUUUAAAAGUUUUGUGUACAUGUUGAUUUUAUUGUAUUUCUAUGGACCACAAGUUUUGAAACAAAAAUAAAUGUUCUUUC